GGAUCAAUUAAUCUACACAGACAGAUGUGGCCUCCAGAGAAUAGCUUACAUGUGGGAAAUUCAAAGCUCAGCUGUUCCUACUCUAUUGUUUUCUUGGGAUUAGGAAAGUUCACUUUUGCAUUUGAGCAUAGCACUUUCUAACAACCUCAAGUUCAGAACUGCCUUCUCCAGAUGACAUAACUAUGGGUCUAGAGGGAGAUGAGCUGAUAAUAUCUCUUCCUUAUAACUACUUCUUAGGGCCUCAUUCUACAAGGAUGUUUGUUAAUGGCCAAGCUGGGUAAUGGGUUCACCAGAAUUACAAUUACAGUUGGUCAAGUCAUAAGCCACAUGUUAUUGCUGGGAAUCAAGAUCCUUUGCAAUAGUUAAAAGUACUCUUAAGCACCAAUCCAUCUCUGCCGCAGACCCUCUGGGUCCCUGUGUCUGCGUGGAACAGGUCUCUCGAGCAGAUAUCUGAAAUACACGUCCAAUAUGCUCUUAAGAUGAAUACACUUAUCACUUAUGUCCUCAUUAAAGAAUAUCCUUUAUUUCCAAGCUGGACUUGGAAUUCUAGCCAAUACUUUUCUCCUUUGUUUCUAUACUUUCACAAUCCUAGGUCAUAGAUCAAAGCCCAUGGAUCCGACCUCCUGCCAACUGACAUUUGCUCAUAUAUUAUUUUUGCUAGCGGGAGGGGAUAAUUGGCUUGCAGUCAUACUUGAGUCACUGAACAUUGAGAAUGACUUCAAGUGUAAGGCAAUUUUUUAUACAAGUAGGGUCAUGAGAGGGUUCUCUAUCUGCAUCACCUGCCUCCUGAGUGUGUUCCAGGCUGUCACAAUCAGUCCCCAUACCUCACUGUUGGCAAAAUUUAAGCAUAAACUAAAUACAUACAUCUUCUAUGCUGUUUUAUAUAUUUGGUUUUUUAAUUUCUUGGCCAAUAGUCACAUGAUAUUCUAUGUUGGUGGUUUUAACAAUGUGAGUGAAACCAACCAGAUGAGAGUCACUCAAUCCUGUUCACUAUUUCCCAUGAACUACGUCAUCAGUGGAUUGAUUUUUACAGUGACAACUUUCAGAGAUGUAUUUCUUGUAGGAGUCAUGCUGAUCACAAGUGCAUAUAUAGUGAUUAUCUUGUUCAGACACCAGAGGCACUGCAGGCAUCUUCAUAGCAUCAGGCACCUGAGAGUGUCCCCUGAGAAAAGGGCCACCCAGACCAUCUUACUACUUGUGGUUUUCUUUGUGGUCAUGUACUGGGUGGACUUCAUCAUCUCAUCCACCUCACUCUUGUUAUGGAUGUAUGACCCAGUCAUCCUGACUGUUCAGAAGCUUGUAGUGACUGCCUAUCCCACAAUUACUCCUUUGGUACAAAUCAGUUCUGAUAAGAGAGUAAUCAACGUGUUGAAAAACUCACAAUCAAAGUGCCAACAGAUUUUCUAAAACAUGAUUCUUUCUCUUCUUUUAAAAAUGAUUUACUUGGAGCUAGAGAGAUGGCUCAAAGAUUAAGAGCACUGUCCGUGCUUCCAGAG